UGAGAAGCUGUUCUGUGAACCGCUUGCUAACAGACAACUGUUCAAGAUCAUAGACACACCCUACAUGGUCCAUCCUGCCAAGAAGAACUUCCUGCCUGGCAUGCUGUUCCAGAACCCUAACAUCGACCUGACUGUAGGAAGCAUGUACCGAGACUGCCAUGAUAACAACGGGCUGUACCAUGCUCUGCAGCUGGAGACGAUGUUCAACAUCAACACCUUCCUCAAAACAACCGUGUUUAACAAGGACCUGGUGAAGGUGUUUGACAGCGUGAGCAUCGACCUCCAGAACAUUGUGUUAUUGGAGCAGGAUGGACGAGAUAACCUGCUAACCUUCUCUAACGCUGGGAUAGGAGAUAUUAACUAUGCUGCUUACCUAGCAGAGGUGAAUAAAGGUGUAACUCUGGUGGAUCUGCUGUCGUUUUCCAACGAGCUGGAGGCCCAGGCAGACCUUCUGCCGCGGGGAGCUCUAGAGAAUGCUUUGAAGGGUCAUGCCAGCAGCAUACGACAGAUCCACAAAGAACAGGUCGUCCCUAUGGAGCAGGCCAUGAAAUUUGUCCGAGCGCGGAGCACCCUCAGCCAGAGCAUCCGGCUACUGCAGAGGACAGCUGAGGAACUACCUGUGAAGGUGACUAACGUCCUUAGUGCCAUCGACGAAGCAGAGUACCUCAUCACACACAACGCUUCACGCGUGGUUAAACAGGAGAGAGAUGUCUACAUGCAGAGCCUGGUUGGAUACUUCAGACAGUACACAGACUGGGUCAAAAACUCUCUGACAGGGGAGGUGUCUCAGUGUAAGCCCAUCACUAACCUCAUUGACUCCAUGGAGAUCGUUGCCUGCAGCUUCAUAGUCGACUCAGUGAACACGUUCUGGUUCGGUUUGGGUGGUUGCUGUGUGUUCCUGGUUCCCAGCAUCAUCCUGUCAGUCAAACUGGCCAAGUACUACAGGAGGAUGGAUACGGAGGAUGUGUUUGAAGAGGGCCAAGAAAACUGGUAGAGAAACAAAGGUGGGAAAGAGAACAAAACAACAACAACCCAAGAAGACAGAACUCUGCUGAUCUCCGCCCCACAACAACCUGAUUGGAUAAGGACCUUAGCUGCCAGCCAAUUACAGUAGCCCGAAUGAUGCCCUGUACGUUCCAUCGCCCAAUCACAUCACUAGUUCUGUCUGACGUCACCGUAGUUUCUGAACAUUACACCUGUGUGAACGUGUUGGUGGAUAAUUUCUAUAUAGUUGAUUUGAUAUAUCAGAGUUAUUAUAGACAAGUGUUCUGUUUGUUUCUACUCAGCUGGAACCACUGACUCGUCUCAACGACUUGUACAUUUUAUACGCUUUCAACACCUUUGAAAGUUUUAUAUAUUUUUAAUAUAAUAUGUUAGCAUGUUAGCGGACGCUAGCUACCAAACCAUGUUAGCAUGUUAGCAGACACUAGAUAGAAAACCAUGUUAGCAUGUUAGCAGACACUGGCUACCAAACCAUGUUAGCAUGUUAGCAGACACUAGAUAGAAAACCAUGUUAGCAUGUUAGCAGACACUGGCUACCAAACCAUGUUAGCAUGUUAGCAGACACUAGAUACGAAACCAUGUUAGCAUGUUAGCAGACACUGGCUACCAAACCAUGUUAGCAUGUUAGCAGACACUAGAUACAAAACCAUGUUAGCAUGUUAGCAGACACUAGAUACAAAACCAUGUUAGCAUGUUAGCUAGCGGACGCUAGCUGCUUGUUGUUUGACAGCUUGUAACCAUCGCAUUGACUUUGAUGUCAUAUCUGUGAUGUCAUAUCGGUGAUGUCAGGACUGUGAUGUCACGACUGAUGUCACUUCAGGCUCUGAAUCUGUGAAUAAAGAUGUCAGUUCGCUGAGUUACACCGUC